AUGCGUUUAAAACACUGGGAUCUCCGGUGCUGCGCAUCGGUCUUGUGUUUCCUCUUCAUCUCCUUCAUUCACGGUGAAGAAGUACAGCAACACGGAGAAGAGGGACCAACGACAGAGUCAGCAAACAUGAAGUUCUCGUCGUCCUUCUUUGCGGCCUCGCAGGUCGUUCUCGCACCGGCAGCUGCCGCGGCCUACAACCACGUUACCCUUAAGGACUACGGUAGCUUCUCCGGCACAGUCGUCAACUCGACUCUUAGCGGCCGUUCUCUCCCCGCACCAGUCGACGCUUGGCUGGGAAUCGACUACUCGACCCAGCCAGUCGGCGAGGGUCGCUUCAAUCCCGUCACCUGGCCCGCCGCCUUUAACGGCAAGACUUGCGUCCAAGACCCGACUUCGACCAAGGUUGAGACUCAGGAUGAGGCCUGUCUCAACUUCAACGUCUUCCGCACCCGCGGCGUGCCGCUGGACCAGAAGACUCCUGUCCUAGUCUGGAUUCAUGGUGGCGCUUUCUACGCCGGCAGUUACAGCAGCUUCGACGCCGCCGCUUUCGCCGCUUCGUCCAAGGAGCCCAUUACUGUGGUGAACUUCCACUACCGCGUCAACUCCCUCGGCUUCCUGCCGUCGGCGCUUUUCGAGGAGGAGGGUCUGCUGAACCUCGGCCUCCGCGACCAGCGUCUGUUCCUCCAGUUCGUGCAGAAGCACAUCUCCGCAUUCGGUGGUGACCCCGACGCCGUCACCAUCGGCGGCCGUUCUGCCGGUGGCCACUCCGUCGGCAUUCAUUACUUCCACAACUACGACGAGGACGCCGGCAAGCCGCUGUUCGCCCGUGCCAUCCACCAGUCCGGCUCUGUCACCGCCCGCGCGUUCCCCAAUGCUACCUACCCGCUUUACGUCCAGCAGUACGAGGCUUACAUGAAGUUCCUCGGCUGCCCUACCGACGACAACGCCGCUGCUCUUUCCUGCCUUCGUGCCGCGGACGUCAACGACAUCCGCAACAUCAGCACCCAGCUGUACAACCAGUACGAUCCCGUCUUGACCUGGCCCUUCCAGCCGACUCAGGGCGGUCCCUUGCUGGAGAAGUUCGGCUCGCAGUCCGGCUACGACGGCACCUUCUUCCACGUCCCUACCAUCACCUCUACGGUCAACGACGAGGCCAAGUACUACAUGUCCGGCGAUAAGGAGACGAACGAGGAGUUCCUCGACUACCUCCACAACAUCUCUCCGGCGUUGAACAGCACCGACCUGGAUCUGCUGGCGGAGCUCUACCCUGACCCGGCGACGCACCCCGAUUCCCCCUUCGCCAACUCCCCCAACAGCACACAGUACAACCGCCUCUCCGCCGCGUGGAGCGACUACGCCUACAUCUGCCCCGGCCAGGAGACGGCGUACCGUGCGUCGCUGGCGGACGUGCCGACCUGGAAGCUGCGCUUCAACACGAACAACUCGUGGCCCGCGUGGAGGGGCAUCCCGCAUACCGCCGACACCAAGUACACCUGGGACGAGCCCAACGUGCAGUACCCCGAGAUCAGCCACGUCUACCACGGAUACCUGUCCAGCUUCGUCCUCUCUGGCGACCCCAACACCCACAGGUUCCCCGGCAGCCCGGAGUGGCCCAACUACAAGCCCACCGGCUACGGCCUCGAGUCCGAGCCUGCGCUGCAGCUCGUUGUCCAGCCUAACAACGGCACCAAGGUUGAGGCGGACGAUAUCCGCAGGGAGGCGUGCCUCUACUGGAGAGAUCCCGAGAGGGCUCCCCGGUUGAACAAGUAG